GCUGACGCCGCCGCCGCGUUGUGAGGACCCUGCCGGGCGCAGCCGCUGCCGCUCCUUUCCUCAGGCUCUUCAACCUUGGUCUCGCCUGCUUCCCUUCUUUCCUCCCCGCCCACCCCCGGACUUCCCUCUUCUCCUCGAGGCGGCCGCUGGUUUUCGCCCCUUCGCCGCCGCGUCAGGUUCUCGCCGCUCCUCGCUCGCCAUGACCUUGUUGACUGCCAGCAGCAGGGCGGCCGCGCGCCUCUUGGGUGCCAAGAACUCAUCAUGUAUCAUUUUUGCUGCCAGACAUGCCAGCGCUUCUACGAACCUGAAAGAUGUUCUUGCAAACAUGAUACCUAAGGAGCAAUCAAGACUUAAAAGCUUCAGGCAACAAUAUGGCAGCACAGUCAUUGGUCAGAUCACUGUGGAUAUGAUCUACGGGGGCAUGAGAGGCAUGAAAGGGCUAAUAUACGAGACCUCAGUCCUGGACCCAGAUGAGGGCAUCCGUUUCCGUGGCUACAGCAUCCCCGAAUGCCAGAAGCUGCUGCCCAAAGCCCCCGGAGGUGCAGAGCCCCUGCCCGAAGGGCUGUUCUGGUUGCUGGUGACAGGAGAGAUCCCCUCGCAAGAACAGGUGAGCUGGCUGUCCCGGGAGUGGGCCAAAAGAGCCGCCCUGCCUUCGCAUGUGGUGACCAUGCUGGACAACUUCCCCACCAACCUUCACCCCAUGUCACAACUGAGUGCCGCUGUCACCGCCCUCAACAGCGAGAGCACUUUUGCCCGUGCCUAUUCAGAGGGAAUCAGCCGGACCAAGUACUGGGAAUUUAUCUAUGAGGACUCCAUGGACUUGAUUGCCAAGCUGCCAUGUAUAGCUGCAAAGAUUUACCGCAAUCUGUACCGUGAAGGCAGCAGCAUCGGCGCCAUCGAUCCCGCCUUAGACUGGUCGCACAACUUCACCAACAUGCUGGGCUAUAAUGACCCCGAGUUCAUUGAACUCAUGCGCCUCUACCUCACCAUUCACAGUGACCACGAGGGUGGUAAUGUCAGUGCCCAUACCAGUCACCUAGUGGGCAGUGCCCUCUCCGACCCUUACCUGGCUUUUGCUGCAGCCAUGAAUGGUCUGGCUGGCCCACUCCACGGUCUUGCAAAUCAGGAAGUGCUGGUAUGGUUGACGAACUUGCAGAAGGAGCUGGGUGAGGAUGUGUCCGACACGAAACUGAGGGAUUUCAUCUGGAAUACUUUGAACUCUGGCAGGGUGGUUCCUGGCUAUGGCCACGCAGUGCUGAGGAAGACGGACCCUCGCUACACCUGCCAGAGAGAAUUUGCGCUCAAGCACCUUCCCAAAGAUCCCCUCUUCAAGCUGGUGGCGCAGCUCUACAAGAUUGUCCCUAAUGUGCUGCUGGAACAGGGCAAGGCCAAGAAUCCCUGGCCCAAUGUGGACGCACAUAGUGGGGUCCUCCUGCAGUACUACGGCAUGAAGGAGAUGAACUACUACACUGUGCUGUUUGGUGUGUCUCGAGCUCUUGGCGUCCUCUCGCAGCUCAUCUGGAGCCGGGCGCUUGGCUUCCCUCUGGAGAGACCCAAAUCCAUGAGCACAGAUGGGCUGAUGGUGCUGGUGGGCGCAAAGUCAGGUUAAAGCAAGGGAUAACGUGGCAGGGGGUUAGCUGUCGAGGGAACGGUAGAGACAAUACGACUUUUUUGUGUUUUGUUCAAAGGGCCUUGAAAAGAUCCUUUCUUAGAGGCACUGACCAUCGCAUAUUUUUUUCAGGUUAUUUAUGGGAUAAAUUCAGAUAAAACUUAUAGAUACUGAUCCUCCCCCUCCUCCCCCUCUACCACACCUGCUACCUUAAAAUACCACCUUCAAGUUAGUUUAGAUUCCUAAGUGCAGGGCCCAGGGCAGCUCUUCCCAAUCUGAGCUGAUGCCCCCGGCUAGAGAGAAUGUUGCUUCUUUCCAGCUCAGACUCCUCCUCUUUCAUCCCCUCUUAUCGCCCCAGGUUGCAGGCCAGGAGUAGAGAAUACUUCCCCUUUAACAAUCAUGUCAUAUCACAUGCUGCUUUUUACCACCUUCCACAGAUGGGGUGUUCUGCAUUUUAAGCAACGCCCUCCCUUUUUGGCAGGAGGGGGUUGGAGAGGAAAGCAGUUCUUUCCCGUCAGCUGAGCGCCAUCCCCUUUUGUAUACCCUUCUCCCGCCGCUGUCAAAAACAGCAGAAUUGUGCUCUUAAGAGACAGAGCAGGCGGGGCUGUGACUUGAGUCACACUCCGGUGAAAAAGGUGAGUACAGCUCACCUCCUUGCCUACCAAAGAGGGGCAACACAGACCUUUCCCUUCCCCCAUCCCAAAGCUACCACAGCACUUGGUUGUCCUGACCUGCAUUAAUGCACACAACCCCCUGGGCAACCCACUCCCCCCCCCCAAAAAAAAUAAACCCCCUCAUCUUCUGCGAGAUGGUGCUUUGUUCCCAAAGAUAAGACUCUCAAGAAACUUAAUCUGCCAGGAACAAAUAGCUCCUUGCCUCCCUCCUCUUUGGCCAGAGGAGAUGAGAGCAGCGUGUUUGAAGCAAGUGACCUCCCCAUCCCAUUUUUAAUUUUGACUUGAGUGUUGGUGCUGUGGUACUGAAAAGGUGGGUUGAGGGUGUCUCAAUAGCAAAGAAGGUAUUGGUAACGUUUCCAAAACGGCAGCUUUUAAUAGCAUUGCCGUGUGGCGCUAAAUUGGCUGGCCACACCUUGAGAGCGCAGUGAUAGGUGAAAAGAAUGGAGCCUGUCUCCUGGCCUCCUUUCCUCUCUAGAAAGGACUUCAUACACUCCUACCAAUGUUUGUUUUUUUCUCUGUGUGUUUGUGUGAAACCCUUUUUUGUCCUAAAACCACAAACAAACAAAAAAAGGAAAGAAAAACCCCAAUCUUAAGUUGAAGGCACAGUGUCAACAGCUGUGUAAGCAUCAGCGUUCCGUUGCAAACUUCAGGUGGUUCUGUACAAACUGCAAAAUAAAUGUUUUUAUUAACAAGUUA